AUGGAGGGGCUGGUUCCAGUCCUGUGGGCUUUGCUGGUGUCUGCGGGGUUUGCUGGCGGCAAGAAAGAGCCAGGUGUGAACCUGACCUGCUACCAGUGUUUCAAAGAGACCAGCCAGGCGCUGUGCACGCCCACCGUGUGCUACCCCACCGACCAGGUCUGCGUGUCCAACGUGGUGGUCUUCCUCAGCAAAUCAAAGGUGACACUUUCUCUCAGCAAGCGCUGUGCUCCCAGGUGUCCCAACACCAACAUGAAGUAUGAGUGGACACUGGGACCCAGGAUACUAGGCAGGAUCAUCAGGCAGUGCUGUUCAGGAUAUCUCUGCAACAGGGCACCCACCAUACGAGAGGGUCCCUGGGCCCUUCGAAGGGGGGUCCUGCUUGGAGCGGGCCUCCUCUGGGUCCUGCUGUGA